GCAACAUGCCCCAAGAGCCGAAGCAUGGGCUUGCGGCCCGCACACCGAGAAGGGCGUGACUGGGUGCUGGUUGCCGACUGCAACGGCAUCCCUCCCACUACUGCCCGCAACAUCGUCCAGCGCCAAGCCGCUGAUGUCAAGAAGAGAGGCGGCGCGCGGGCGGCGUGCACGAAGUGUACUCCAGAAAUGGAGGAAGCUCUCGUGGGCUACCUGGAAGACAACUGCCAGUACACACUCGUGCAGAUGCAGGAAAUGCUUGCGUUCGACUUCAGGGUGCACAUCAGCACUUCGUUGAUCAGUUCGCGUAGAGCCCGAGACCUGCAAUAAUGCUGUAAAUAUCGAGAAGAGGAGGGUGUUUGGUGAAGCGUUGCUGAAGCAUGAGCGGAACGGUGCUUUUAUCGUGUAUUAUGACGAGACCAACUACUACUGUACAACCUGUACUGUAAGCGGACGCAAGGUCUGUCGCCGCUGCUAUUCGUAGCGAGCCCAUGGAGUAUGGAACUUAGAUGUUUGCUGUGGACUAAAUCCACAUUGGUCUGUACUAAUCCUCGAAAAAAUAAAUUUUUGAAAAAAAU